CAUAGUGCAUUUGCUGCGCGGACAGACCUGAAACGGAGGAGAUACCCGGCACCAGGCCCUCGGCUUAACAUUAAAUUAGAAGAUAUUAUUUUAACUUACAGUGUUUUUCAUAAAACACUGUACGCCACCCCGACACUAUAGGCACCACGGAUCAGCCCAAAAUGCCAAACAUAAAAAUAUUUAGCGGUAGCUCGCAUCCGGAUCUGUCGCAGAAGAUCGCGGACCGACUGGGACUCGAGCUGGGGAAAGUGGUCACCAAAAAAUUCAGCAACCAAGAAACCUGCGUAGAGAUAGGAGAGAGUGUCCGUGGAGAAGAUGUCUACAUCGUCCAGAGUGGCUGUGGCGAAAUCAACGACAAUCUUAUGGAGCUGCUGAUCAUGAUCAAUGCCUGUAAGAUUGCAUCGGCGUCCAGAGUCACCGCGGUCAUUCCUUGCUUCCCCUACGCUCGGCAGGACAAGAAGGACAAGGUGGGGAGCCGGGCUCCAAUCUCAGCCAAGCUGGUGGCGAACAUGCUGUCUGUAGCCGGAGCAGACCACAUCAUCACUAUGGACCUCCACGCCUCUCAGAUUCAGGGUUUCUUUGACAUUCCGGUUGAUAACUUGUAUGCUGAGCCAGCAGUCCUCAAAUGGAUAAAAGAAAACAUCAAUGAAUGGAAGAAUUGCACCAUUGUUUCCCCUGAUGCCGGUGGAGCAAAGAGAGUGACAUCCAUUGCGGACCGGCUGAACGUGGACUUUGCUCUGAUCCAUAAGGAGAGGAAGAAGGCCAAUGAGGUGGAUCGAAUGGUGCUGGUCGGGGACGUGAAGGACCGAGUGGCCAUUUUAGUAGAUGACAUGGCAGACACGUGUGGGACAGUGUGUCAUGCAGCUGACAAACUGGUGUCUGCUGGAGCCAUUAAAGUCUACGCCAUCUUGACUCAUGGCAUCUUCUCUGGCCCGGCCAUUUCUCGCAUCAACAAUGCCAACUUCGAGGCUGUUGUGGUCACCAACACAAUUCCACAGGAGGACAAAAUCAAACACUGCAGCAAGAUUCAGGUGAUCGACAUCUCUAUGAUCCUGGCUGAAGCUAUUAGGCGAACACACAAUGGAGAGUCCGUUUCAUACCUGUUUAGUCACGUCCCCUUAUAACACACACACCCCUACACACAUCAUCUCUUCACAAACACGUUCACUGUGUACAAUUUCAUACGAUGUAGAACUAUUGCUGCGUGUGUUGAGCCAUGGUCUUUAUAAGAGUCUCAAGCGCGUGCCAUUUAUCUCGAGAUAUAUUCUGAAGAGCGACUGGGAAGAAUGAAAGCUAAUGUGCCAUAUAUGUAGUUCUCCUUUCUGCUGCAUGUGCUCACUCUCCUCUUCUUUUGACCUCUAAGAAUAUCAUGUGUAACUCGUUUCCAUCACAUUUCACACCUCAUACUAGGUUAUAUAAAGUUUUCUGCAUGUUCGUCUGGACAAGCUCUUGAUUUCUGCUGUCUGUUGUUGUUGUAAAGAAAUCACUGAAACCAAUAAUUAGAUAAACCCUCCCUCGAUCAUAAUGGGAAAUUCUCCUGUGAUACUGGAUGUUUCUUAGCUUUAAAUGUAACUUGAAGGUACGAUUUCUGAUUUUGGUAACUCUUUUUAGUUUCAUUGGAAGAACUAAUUACUAACACAAGGCUUUAAUGGAAUCGUUGGAUUAAGCCACUUUAGUUUGCCUGCCAUUUUUAUGGCAGCUGAUGUUUGUUUUUCUUCUCAGGUUUUAGUUUUAGGUUAAUUUCUUUCUCUUUUUCCAUUUGCUUUAAACAAGUUCAUCUCUUCAGGGUCCUUUGACAGGGUGAUAACCUAGAUCUGAGUGGAAAAAACUAGGUCACUUUUUUUUUAUAGUUAUGAUAGUUUUCUUUUGUUUAUGUUCAUGUUUACAGUUAAGCAGUGUUUUUGUCUGCUUAAACACAGAUCUGUGAAGUGCCCUUUAGAUUUGAUUGAACACAUGCACACACACUUAGUCUUAUGUGUGUUUGCUGUGGAAUUGGCCCAAACAAUCAAGACUGUUGAACCAUAUUUCUGUUUCUUGCUUUUAUCUGUGUUUGGUCUGUGAGUUUGUUUUUGGAGUAUGUUUGUGUUUCUCUGCUACUUAAGCAAGAUCUGAGAUGAUCAAUUUAACAACCCAACAGCUUACACUGGAGCAGGAAGUGAGAUGAUAGCUCAACUUGAUAGGUCUAUGCUGUUUGCCUUAAUGGAGAAAAAACUGACGACUGUAUCUUUUUCUGAAUGCAGAAUAAUAAGUAAAGCAUUUCAUGUAUAAACUUCA